AUGCGCAAGUGUAAAGUUUUUGUCGGCUCCUCCCAUCCUGAGUUGGGCAAGCUUGUCUGCGACCGUUUGGGAAUCGACCCGGCGCCAUGUACUUUGAAGAAGUUCUCCAACGGUGAAACUUCGGUUCAGAUCGGUGUCUCCGUACGUGAUGAGGACGUUUACAUCAUCCAGUCUGGCUCUCCUGACAUCAACGACCACAUUAUGGAGUUGUUGAUUUUGAUAUCGGCAUGCCGCGGUGGCUCGGCGUCAAAGAUCACGGCGGUGAUUCCUCAGUUUCCCUACUCGAAGCAGAGCAAAAUGAAGAAGCACCGUGGUGCCAUCACUGCGCGUAUGUUGGCCAACUUGUUGAUUAUGGCAGGUGCCGACCACGUGGUGCUGAUGGACUUGCACGCCUCCCAAAUGCAAGGCUUUUUCACCAAGCCUGUCGACAACUUGUACGGUGCCCCUACCUUGGCCCGCUGGAUCCGUCACAACAUCCCCGAUUGGGAAAACGCUGUCGUCGUCUCGAAAAACCCCGGUGGUACCAAGCGUGUCACUGCUUUGGCGGAUGCAUUGAAGAUCAACUUUGCUAUGAUCCACACCGACCGUCGUAGAACCCACGACAACUUCCAGAAAACAACUCAUUUGGCCGCUGAUGCAGCUGCCUCUAACAUUGUGGGUGAAGUCCAGACAGCACGUGUUGUUCAGGGCCACGUUGUAGACGACGACUACCCACUUGCUCCAGCUUCCAGCAACGGGGGCCCUGUCGAGGACCGCAACGUCUUGGGUGGUACCUACGACGCUGCCAACUCGGAUGAUGAAGACGAACCCACUUCGAUUGCCCAAGAAAAGUUGAUUACAUUGGUGGGAGAUGUGCACGAUAAGGUGGCUAUCAUUUUAGACGAUAUGAUUGACAAACCCAACUCUUUUAUUGCUGCCGCAGAACAUUUGCGUUUGAACUGUGGUGCCAAGGCUGUCUAUGUUGUUGGCACACACGGUGUGUUCAGCCAUACUUGCUUAGAAGAGUUGAAUGCAUCCAAAUGCAUCGACAAGAUUGUGGUGACCAACACGUAUCCGAUUGGCGAGAAGCGCGUUGCCGCUAACAACAAGUUGGUUGUUAUUGACGUCUCGCCAAUCUUCGCUGAGUGUAUCCGUAGGGAUCACUUUGGUGAAUCUAUUUCCGUCUUGUUCGACUCCCUUGCGGCUAUUGAAUAA